AAUCUCCAGUUCGGCAGGAAUGGGAACUCCCAUUCCUGCCGAACUGGGAGUUCCCUCUCUAUUUAUAUCCAGCUAGCGGAAGUGAAACGAGAGUGGUUCUACUGAAUCUCCAGUUGGGCAGCAGUGCGUCCUAAAUCUACUUUUGUCUCCCGGUAGUUAGAGGAGGUAAAAUCAGAGCUUUGCAUAGAGAAUCUGCACUUGGGAUUGGACAGUUGAUAUUCGGCGGGAUUGCUAUUUCAUGGGGAAAGGAUGACGGAGAGCCUGAAGCCAGCUCAAGUGUGCUCUCAAACAUCAGAAGAAGCUUCAUGUUGAUACGUCAUUGGCAUACAUGACGGGAAAAUCUUGGCCAAAUAAACACGUGAUCCAUGAAGCAAAAAGCGAGAAAAAGUGUCAACUGUCUUCUAAGGAUGUAAGUCCACCGACAAUACGCUUAUAUCAGGCUGUUCGAUCUCGUCUCAACUGCAAAAGGACCAGCAGUGGACUUGAGCUAUACGUCUGCGAUGGAUAUGAUCUUCUAUGCCAUACUCUGCUCAUGGCAAUGGAUUCCGCGAGGAUGUCAAUCACGACAUCUUUGCUUCUCCUGGCGACUGCAUGGAUGAUUGCGGGAGCAGCAGCUGUGAAAGACUACACUGUGAGCUGCACAAUUUCGUCCGAUUCCAGCCCAACCUGGAAGCAUGCACACAAAGCUGUCAACAUCAUCAGGAAGGAGCCAUUGAGCAGCCAGAGGUGA